CAGAGGACAGGUCAAAGAUGGCGUCGUUGAGGUGUUUUCUUCGCUCCGGGAAGAAUGCCGUCUCGGUGGUCCUACGAAGGGACUUCAGCAAGACAUCUCCGGCUGCUGUGCAGGUGAAUGUCCGAGAUGCCCUCAACCAGGCGAUGGAUGAGGAACUGGAGAGGGAUGAGAGAGUCUUCCUUCUAGGGGAGGAGGUGGCUCAGUACGAUGGAGCCUACAAGGUCAGCAGAGGGCUGUGGAAGAAAUAUGGAGACAAACGCAUCAUCGACACGCCAAUCACAGAGAUGGGCUUUGCUGGCAUUGCUGUUGGUGCUGCAUUCGCCGGGCUGAGGCCGAUCUGUGAGUUCAUGACCUGGAACUUCUCCAUGCAAGCCAUCGACCAGGUGAUCAACUCGGCUGCUAAGACCUGCUACAUGUCAGCCGGAGCCCAGCCUGUCCCCAUUGUGUUCCGCGGCCCCAACGGAUCCUCCGCAGGCGUGGCAGCCCAACACUCCCAGUGCUUCGCUGCCUGGUACGGCCACUGCCCCGGCCUCGGCCUCAAAGUAGUCAGCCAGGAUGCCAGAGGACUCCUCAAAGCAACUAUCAGGGACAACAACCCUGUGGUGUUCCUGGAGAAUGAGCUGAUGUAUGGUGUGCCCUUUGACCUCUCUGAGGAGGUUCUGCAGAAAGACUUUGUCGUACCUAUUGGAAAGGCCAAGGUGGAAAGACAAGGAACCCAUAUCACUCUAGUGUCACAUUCCCGUUGUGUGGGUUUCUGUCUGGAUGCAGCGGCCGUCCUGGCUAAGGAGGGGGUUGAAUGUGAGGUGGUUAACCUGCGCACCAUAAGACCUCUGGAUGUGGACACCAUUGAGGCCAGUGUGAUGAAAACCGGCCGUCUGGUCACAGUGGAGGGGGGCUGGCCCCAGUACGGAGUGGGUGCUGAGAUCUGUGCCAGAAUCAUGGAGGGCCCAGCCUUCAACUACCUGGAUGCCCCUGCAGUCCGCGUGACCGGUGUAGACAUCCCCAUGCCCUACGCUAAGAUCCUGGAGGAUCACAGUGUACCUCAGAUCAAAGACAUCAUCUUCUCAGUCAAGAAGGUCUUGAAUAUGUAAACAUACCAAAUGUCUCCUUCCCACCCCUCCGUUCCUUGCAGACCAAACUUAUUUACCUUCUAAGUAUUGACUUAUACAAUAGUAAGUACUGCAGGAAGUACUUACUCCCCCCCACCCUCCCAUGUCAAUUUACC